CUUGCCCAGGCUAUUCGUACAGCAGCAGUGUGGCGCUGUCAGCGACAAUGAGCAGCAGCAAGUUCGCCACCGUAAUGCUUCAGUUUGUGCCGGCGUCUUUCGUUGUUGGAGCCGGCAUGGAGCUGUUCAUGCUCAACACGGGCUUUUAUGACGUGGCUCUGAGAAAAGAGGCGGAGAGACGGGCGGAAGCAGAAGCGGAAUACCAGGCGAGACGAGCUAGGAUAGAGGCGCGGAGACGAGCGAGACUCAGCAACAACGGAAGCAGUCCAAGCGGAGUGGGCGGUUGUGGCGAAUGAUACGCCGCGGUCUCACCCCCCGCCCCCGGGUAGUGGGGGUGAUUCCGACACCAUCAACAAAAGGCACCUCGACAACGGGAGUUCGCCGGUAGGCGUGUUACAGCGCACAGGCUUUUUUUUGUAACCCGACGGUAUUGCGCGAUUGUUUCAAGGAGGGUGUAAUCACCUUGUGGGUCGGUGAUCUCUCCUUUACUUGCUUGCCGUUGUUGGCUGAAAAAUGAGGCGUUGUGCAGUCAGAGGCAAUUCGCGAGGCUGCUUGAAGGAGGUACAUUCUUCACGAUAUCGGUCGGUGAUAUCCCUUUCUGCAUUCCCGUUGUUGGCCGAGAGAAGGAAGUGGUUGUGUGUUUGGAAUUGUUGUUUCGAGGUUGCUUCAAGGAGGGGUGUCCAAGUUGUCGUUCUGUGAUCUCCCGCCCUUCCUCCCUUAUCAUUGUUGCAGAGAGGAAGCGGGGAGCGGCGUUGUAAAAUUAUAUGCCAGGUUGGUUCGAUUAGGUGUCGUCAAGUUACCUGUCGAUGAUCUCCCUGUGCUUCCUUGGCGUUGCUGGGCAUAGAGAAGCCAUAGUGAUCCCUCGCUUCCCAGGUGCAGCGCAACUAAGGCGAGUCCCGCGCUGUAAAUAAUACAAUGGAAGCGACUAUACCAAGUUCCGAUGCUACGCGAUACUUUUUUUUUUUAUGGUGCAAUUUGGAUACAUCAACGGCGCAGCCGUCUCGAUGUUUUUUUUUCAGUUGUCCUGAUUUCCGUCUUCUGUGUUGCUUUAGGAGGUCGUUGUGGCUCGGCGGGCACCGAGCUUGCCUGUUUUACCCCGAAAUAGUGAAGGCGGACUUCAUCAACCGGAUGCCUGCGCAUUCAUCGUAAUAGACCGCACGACGGUGCUCUUGUUAGCGCUGCCUCAGCCCAUCCUUCAUCGAGGCCCAAACUGGAGCCUUUGGCAAAUAUGGCUUAUGUUUCUAGGGGCCGGCGCAGGCUUGCAUGCCGGAAAAGCAACCACGCUUUCCGCGUAACCAGCCAACACUUGUAUGCUGUAUCGUGCUGCUUGUCCUAUGGGUCGCAGGUAGUGGUACUACGUUUGUUGUUGUGGUUGGUGUUGUGUAGACAUUUUCGCUUUUUACCUACGCCCAAAUUGAUUCUACCCCUCACGAGGAGUUCAUCUGUCUCAGCAAGAAAGCCGUCGGGUCAUGGACCGGUUUAUCAUUGCUCGGCUAGACUACAAGUAUGAUAUCCAUGCGGAAUGUUGACUGCUAAAAGGGCUAACCCUCCGCUCACGUUCGUAGCUGAGUACCGUAGACCGGUUCUUUGGGGCUGAGGAUCAGUGUGAACCACGCUUACCUUCAUCUGAUCUUCACCUUUGGUAAUCUCCUUCUCACGUAUGCAUACGGUAAUUGACAAGCAAUAUGGUCACAUGCUGACCACCCCCCGAGGAGGCGUUGAUAGUCCGAGCUUCUUCAAAGAAGCGAUUGAC